AUGCCCGCUAUUUGCUGCUGCGGUACUUUCUGCAACGGCGGUAGUCCAUUGGUGGUAAGACUUCCGGCGACAAGAUGGUCUCCAACCUCACGGAAAUCUCUGUCCCGGCCAACUGCUCAAGAAUCGUUCCAGCUGAUAUCACUGCGUCGGCCCCGGCAACCUCCCACCGGAAACCAACCUAUCCCGCUCCCGGACAAUCCUUCCUCUCAAAAAAAGGUCUUCGAAAUCUGUAACGACGAUGACGAACUCAGCUCGGAGGACUCUUCGUGUUCUCCCUCCGAUGUCCUCAUGCUCAUGGACGCCCUGCGGCUCCCGGUGGAGGAGGACCUUUACUUGUCCCUCAUCAAGGAGUGCGCCGAGUCCAAGAACGCAUCCCACGGCGCCGCUCUCUACUCCCACGUCCGACGAACCUGCCCUGGCCUCCUCCGCCGCCCCGCCGGCUUGCUCCUCGCCAACCGCUUCCUGCAAUUAUUUGCUGCCUAUGGCUGCUCUUCCGCCGUCCUUCGCCUGUUCGACCAAAUGCCUCUGAGAGAUGCAACCUCUUUUGCAGUUGUUAUCUCUUCCCUCUCUGCCGAUGGCUCCCACCGUCAGGCUCUGCAUGUGUUUGUUGAAAUGCACAUGAGAACCGGUGAUCGUUGUUUGCCAGUGCUUGAGCCCAGAGUUUGCUGGUUGGCUGCUCUUGGUGUCAUUCUCAGGUCAUGCGUUCAUGCUGGGGAGCUGUAUUUUGGGCUUCAGCUCCAUGGGUUGGUCAUCAAGGUGCUCGGAAGCUGUGAGGGUGCUGUCUUUGGUGAUUUGGAGGAUUCACUUCUCCAAUUCUACAGCAAGUUUCAACACCAAGAAAGUGCCAUGUCAGUGUUCAAGAGAGCAAUCUCAGUCUCAAGGAGUGCAGGUUCAUGGACGAGUAUGAUCACUGGGUACUACAGACAGGGCCAAUUCAAGGAGGCCAUCUACCUCUUUAGGGAGAUGGGAAGAGCAGGAAAGAAAAGGAAUUUCUACAUUUUGUCGAGCACCCUGCCAGCAUGCGCCAAGAUGAGGGAUGCCGGCUGGAGCGGCAAGCAAGUUCAUGCCAUUGCCAUUAAACUUGGGGCGAGUUCAGAUAAGUUUGUGUGCAGUAGCCUGGUGGACAUGUACAUGAAACAUGAGCUCCCAAUUGAGGGGCAAAGGGCAUUUGACUCAAUGGAUGGCUUGCGAGAUUAUGUGUGCUGGAAUGCAUUGCUAAUUGGCUAUGCGCAGAGAGGAUAUGUCGUCGAUGCUGCCAAGUUAUUGAACAAGAUGAAGGCUAAUGGAAUUGAACCGCAAGAAUCAACUGUCAAUCACUUCUUGAUGGCAUUCAAUGGUGCUUUGUAUUGGAACAUGGAUUGA